AUGAUACUAUCGGCUGAUUUUGCAGCAUCAAAGUAUGCGCGUGACAGUGAAUUCACUACCAAUAUAAAAGAUAAACCGCUUAUUAUACAAUUUGCUGCCAAGAACUCGAAAGAACUCUCUGAUGCUGCCGAGUUGGUCGCCAAAUAUGUUAGUGGGAUUGACAUAAAUUGUGGAUGUCCGCAAAAAUGGGCAAUCCAUGAAGGAAUCGGAGCACGUCUGAUGGAAAAGCCAGAGUUCGUUAGAGACAUGGUUAGAGCUGUGAAAUCUAGAGUUGGGACUGAAGUCACUUGUUCAAUUAAGAUACGUGUGCAUGCUGAUUUAAGGGAAACAGUCUCAUUUGUCCAACAAGUUGAAUCGACCGGUUUAGAUUUUAUCGCAGUCCAUGGCCGCACACGUCGUCAGCGUUCGAGUGAAGCAGUCAAUCUUGAUGCGAUCAAACUAGUAAAAGAAAAUGUCUCUAUCCCCGUUAUCGCCAACGGGGAUGUGUUUAGUAUGGAAGAUGCACAGAAAAUUCAGUCCUAUACAGGUGUGGACGGAGUAAUGUCAGCAAGAGGAAUAUUGGAAAAUCCUGCAUUGUUUUCUGGAUAUAAUAGGACUCCGUGGGAGUGCGUUGAGAAGUUUAUGAGGCUAUCUCUGGAUUAUGGGAACAAUUUCUUUAUAUUUCAUCACCACUUGAUUUAUAUGCUAGAGAACGUAAUGAGUAAUGCCGAGAGUAAGGCCUUCAAUACUCUCGCAAAUACACCUGCAGUGCUCGAUUAUUUGGAAGAGCAUUAUGGACUCAAAUUAUAUUAA